CGCUGGUGUGCUGGACUUUAUAGCGCAGCUGGAUGUGCAUGGAAGACGGCUGAGACAAGAUGGUAGAGCAGGGUAACCCGGACACACCAGCACCACCAGACCCAUCCAUGGCCCAGGCUUACCCAUCAGCCCAGUUUGCCACCCCUCCCCAGAAUGGCAUUCCAGCUGAGUUCACAGCUUCACACCCCCAUCCACAUCCACACCCCCACCAACAUCCACACCAACACCCAGCAGUACCACAGGACUACAGCGGGGUCCAGGCCUCCGUCAGUGAGCAUCCACUCAACCUUUACCAGUCCUCACAGAGCCACAGUGAACAGAGUGGGUCAGACUCCAGCAGUCAGACGGUCACCGGCACAGCCACAGGUGGUUACGCUACCUACAGAUAUGCCCAGCCUACUGCUGCCACAGCUGCUGCAUACAGUGACAGUUACGGACGAGUAUAUGCUGCCGACCCCUACAACCACACACUCACUCCAGCAGCCACAUACAGCGUUGGUGCCAUGAAUGGGUUUGCCCCGCUGACAGAUGCCAAAACUCGGAGCCACGCAGACGACGUGGGGCUAGUGCUGUCCUCUCUCCAGGCUAGCAUAUACCGGGGAGGCUACAGUCGCUUCGCACCCUAUUAGCAACACCUCAAACCUUCCAACCGGACAGAAAGAAAGUGUGUGUGCGUGUGAGUGUGUAAGCGAAUGAGAAUGAAAGAACGAGUAUCAGAUGAAAGAUGUUACUGAGGCCUGGGUAUUGCAAUACAUGCAUUUUGUGCAUCAUUUCAGCAUGUCCUAACACAGAAGUACAAAAAAGAAGAAUAAAAUGACAGCUGAAAUUUUUCAUCUUA